AUGUCCCUCACCAACGCCAGCCCCGCCGACGCCGCGUCCGAGGCCAAGUCGGCAUCGCACGUGCUCGCCGCCCUGCCGGCCUCGGCCCGCAACGAUGCCCUGACGGCCAUCCACGCGGCCCUCGGCGUCGCCAGGGACGACAUCCUCGCCGCCAACGCCCGCGACCUCGAGCUGGCCCGCAAGGCCGCCGCCGACGGCCAGCUGAGCUCCGCCCUCGUCUCGCGCCUCGACCUGGGCAAGAAGGGCAAGUGGGAGGACAUGCUCAAGGGCAUCCUCGACGUGAGGGACCUCGAGGACCCUGUCGGCAAAGUCACCCUCCGCACCCGCCUCGACGAGGGGCUCGACCUGGAGCGCGUGACCUGCCCCAUCGGCGUCCUGCUCAUCAUCUUCGAGGCCCGGCCCGAGGUCAUCGCCAACAUCGCCUCCCUGGCCAUCAAGUCGGGCAACGCCGCCAUCCUCAAGGGCGGCAAGGAGUCGACCGAGUCCUUCGUCGCCAUCGCGCGCGUCAUCUCGGCCGCCCUCGCCGCCACCCAGGUGCCCAACGCCGCCGUCCAGCUCGUCACGACGCGCGACGUCAUCCCGCAGCUGCUGGCGCUCGACGCCCUCAUCGACCUCGUCAUCCCCCGCGGGUCCAACGAGCUCGUCCGCUACAUCAAGAACAACACGCGCAUCCCCGUCCUCGGCCACGCCGACGGCCUCUGCUCCGUCUACCUCGAGGCCUCGGCCGACCCGGCCAUGGCCGCCGACGUCGUCGUCGACGCCAAGACGAGCUACCCGGCCGCCUGCAACGCCGUCGAGACCCUGCUCGUCGAGGAGGCCGCCCUCGCGGCGCCCUUCCCGGCCGUCGCCGCCGCCCUGCUCGCGCGGGGCGUCGAGCUGCGCUGCGACGCCGCCUCCAAGGCCGCCCUGCUCGCCCCCUCGUCCGGCAUCCCCGCCGACCGCCUCGCGGCCCUCGUGCGCGACGCCCGGCCCGCCGACUUCGACACCGAGCACCUCUCCCUGACGCUCACCGUCGGCGCCGUGCCCGACCUCGCCGCCGCCGCCGCGCACAUCAACGCCCACGGCUCCAAGCACACCGACGUCAUCCUGACGGCCGACGCCGACCGCGCCGAGCGCUUCAUGAGCGCCGUCGACGCCGCGGGCACGUACUGGAACGCGAGCACGCGGUUCGCCGACGGCAUGCGCUACGGCUUCGGCACCGAGGUCGGCAUCAGCACCAACAAGAUCCACUCGCGGGGCCCCGUCGGGCUCGAGGGCCUCAUGAUCUACAAGUACAAGAUCCGGGGCCACGGCCAGGUGAGCGCCGUGUACGGCGAGGGCGAGGGCAAGAAGAGGUUCUUGCAUCAGAGCUUGCCGUUGUGA